CGAAACUCGAAAGAGGCAAGAAUUAGAAACUAGGGCAAAUCAAUACCGAUCGUCUCUGUUGAUAGCUCAAAUGAAUGCUCACUCUCCCUAGAUUCUGAAACCUCUAAUGCAUGUUACAUUCCCAGAGAAGCAUCCCAACAAAUCGUCCUCUUCAACAACCGCUCAAAGCUAAUAUGGGCAAGCAAGAUACAACUAAAACAGGUGGAGCUACUUCUUCCACUACUGGGGUUCUACAUGAUGAGGAGGUGGCUAAGCUGUUUCAAGCCUUAAUACAAAUGGCCUCCCGCGAGCUUGAUGGCACAAACAGGACGCUGAAAUAUUUGAAGUUGCUCCUUAGUCUGUCACCCACGGAGUACACAGGAAAUCUUGAGAGUUCAUCGGAAGCGCUGGAUUGGCUACGAAGGGUAAAGAAAUGUUUCAAUGUUAUUGAUGUACCUGGAGACCUAAGAGUUGUGUUUGCUGCCUAUACUCUUACUGGAGCGGCUGACUACCGGUGGGAAUUUGUUGAAAGUACCAGGGAUGUGGAAUCCAUGACUUGGGAUGACUUUGAGCAGAUAUUUUUGAAUAGAGAGGGCGGAGCACUUUCAACGCGGGUUGAGGCCUUCCAUCCGGGUGGCUUUAUGUGGUUGUAAGUGUGAUACUUAUCAACAGGCGGUGGCAGCAGCACUGCAAGCAGAAAAAUCUGAAAAUAUUGACUAUAUGAGUGU